AUGAACGUACUGAAGCGCUUUUUACAAGAAUGUGGAGAAGAAAGAGAAAUUGAGAAUAUCCCUCCGCCUCAACUUGACAGUCUUCUUUCCAACUUUUACAUAAAGGCAAAAAAGAAAGACAAUACUUUGUACGAACCUGAUACAAUGUCGUCCUUCUCAAGAAGUAUCGAGCGAUACCUCGACGAUAAAAAUGCAAAAGUAAACAUCUUAAAAGAUGAAGAGUUUAAGCUUUCCAGACAAGCCUUGAUGUUCAGACGACGAGAAUUAAGAAAAGAAGGCAAAGGAAACAAGCCAAAUGCUACUGCUCCUYUGACAAGCAAAGAUAUUGAUGCUAUUUUUAAUGAAAACGAGUUUGGAGUCCAUGAUCCAGAGAUCCUUUCCCGUACUAUGUGGUUCUUGCUUACUUUGCAUUUUGGUCAUAGAGCACGACAUGAAGCGAGACAGCUGCUGAAGUUUGGAGACGUACUUUUGAAGAAAGAUGAAAUAAAUGGCGAAGAGUAUGUAGAGUGGUUCCAAGAAAGAGAAACUAAAACCAGACACGUCGAUGAAAAUGAGCACCAGAGAGCUUUCCGACCAAGAGCUUAUGAGAGCGGCGACAAGAAAUAUCCUGUGGCCUGCUAUAAGCAGUUUGUUUACAGGCGUCCCGAAGAAGCCAAAAGUCCAGAAAGUCCGUUUUUUCUUGCUAUAAACCAUAGAAGGAGGCCAAAUGAUCAAGUGUGGUUCCUAAAUGGACCGAUGGGAAAGAACAAGAUUGGCGAAUUCCUGUCUCAAGCAACAAAAGAUUUGAAGUUCACGAAGUCAAAAGCCGGUAAAAUUACCAACCCUUCCGUACGUAAAACUGGUAUCACAACCCUCCUGGAUGCUGGUGUUCCACACAACAUUGUGGCUCAACUGAGUGGCCAUAAGAGUCUUGACAGUUAUGCGGUUGCCUCUGAGAGCCAACAACGAAACAUGUCGAAGAUACUGAGUGGUGUUGAGAACGUCAAGCACGAAGCCAGCAGCAAGCAAUUAUGUCUCGGCGCAACGGACUACAAGUUCAACUGCCGCUGCAGGUUCUUUGUUUGGGGGAGCAAACAUUGGAGUAUUGAACAUUCAGAAUCUUGUUCUUUCAGGCCAUGA